AUGGUUCUCUCUCUCUCUCUUUUUUUCUCCCCUCCUCUUUCUUAUUCUUCUUUUCCUUUUCGUUCGUUCUCCUUCUCUCCUUAUCUUUGUCUAAUCCAUUCGUUCCCCCCCUUCCUCCGUGUCUCUUUUAUUCGUUCCUUCUCCUCCUUCCUCACCCUCUCUCUCGUGCGUUCUCUCUUCUUCUUCUCUCUCUCUCGUGCGUUCUCUCUUCUUCUUCUCUCUCUCUCGUGCGUUCUCUCUUCUUCUUCUCUCUCUCUCGUGCGUUCUCUCUUCUUCUUCUCUCUCUCUCGUGCGUUCUCUACUUUCUCUCUCUCUCUCUCGUGCGUUCUCUACUUUCUCUCUCUCUCUCUCGUGCGCUCUCUUCUCUCUCUCGCUCUCGUGCGUUCUCUUCUCUCUCUCUCUCUUCUCUUCUCUCUUUUUCUCUCUCGUCCGUUCUCUCCUCUCCUUUUCUCUUUCUUUCUCGCCCGUUCUCUCCUCUUUUCUCUUUCAUCCGUUCUCUCUUCUCUCUCUCUCCUUGAAAAAACAAAAAACAAAACAAGCAAAUGCUGA